UUGGAUACGCUGAAAACGCCAGUGUCUUUAGCAUACAAACAACAGCAACAACGGCAAUCUUUGGAAAAUUGGAAUUUACAUAAUUCACACAGUAAAGCAUUGCUGAUUGACUUGGUUUCGUGAACCGUGGGAGCCAAAGAUGUCUAAUAUCAGGCAUCGCCCUCUGGCCCCACCAGGCACGGGCGACAGUGAUGAUAAUUUCACAGACGACGAGAGUACACCAUUGACACAUGAUAUUUAUGGCGGAAGCCAAAGAACAAUACAGGAAACAAAAGGCUGGGAUGUAUUUCGAGAUCCACCAAUUAAAAUUGAAACCGGUUCCACAGCUAAUCAAGAAUGCCUGGAGUUGACAGUGAAAAUCUUAAAAGUGGUGGCCUAUAUAAUAACCUUCAUCGUUGUAUUAUUAGGAGGCGUGGCAGCCAAGGGCUGUGUCCUCUUUAUGACAUCACAAAUCAAUAAAAAUAAGCGGGUAGAAUAUUGUAAUAAAGAUUUGGGUCGUGAUAAAACCUUUGUCGUCAAAUUACCCGAAGAGGAACGCAUAGCAUGGAUAUGGGCAUUGAUUAUUGCAUUCUCAGUACCGGAACUUGGUGCUCUGAUACGUUCGGUACGUAUCUGUUUCUUCAAGACAUUUAAAGUACCGCAGAAAUCCCAUUUCCUGUUCAUGUUCCUGAUGGAGAGUUUGAAUACCUUUGGUACGGCAUUAUUGAUGUUUGUCGUAUUGCCACAAUUGGAUGCCAUUCAGGGCGCCAUGUUGACCAAUUGUUUGUGUGUAGUUCCGGGCAUUUUGGGUCUUAUGUCGCGCACAUCGAAGGAGGGAAAACGUUUCGCCAAAAUGCUUGUAGAUUUGGUGGCAUUGGCAGCUCAGGUGACGGGCUUUGUAAUUUGGCCUCUGUUAGAAAAUCGCAAAGAAUUGUGGGUUAUUCCGGUGGCAUGUCUGAUGAUCUCAUGCGGCUGGUGGGAAAACUAUGUCGAUUCCCAGUCAUCGUUUGGCAUCAUACGAGCCAUGGGCCGUGUCAAAGAAGAUCUCAGAUACACACGUUACUUCAGUCACAUGUUCUUGUCCAUAUGGAAGAUUUCGCUAUUCAUCUGUUCGGUGUUGUUCAUCUAUUGGCUGCAGGGUGAUGAGCCCGGUAAUAUCUUCAGCAUGUAUGGAGAUGCCUUUGGUCCCCACAAAAUAUCUGUUGAUGAAUUGGCCACCUCACUGACCAACAGCUUGCCCGAUACAAUUGAUGCUGCCAAUAUCGACAGCAUAGACAUUGAUGCUUCGCACAAUACCGUCAUCUAUGUUCUGCUGAUCCAAAUAUUCGGAGCUUAUCUCUGCUAUAUUUUCGGCAAAUUUGCUUGUAAAAUUUUGAUUCAAGGUUUCAGUUACGCCUUCCCCGUCAGUCUGACAAUUCCCAUUUCGGUAUCGUUGUUGAUUGCUGCCUGCGGUAUUCGCAUCGAUGAUCCCUGUUUCUUCCAUGACACCAUUCCGGAUUAUUUGUUCUUCACAAGUCCAUCGAACUUCAGAUUCAACGACUUUGUAACACAACAAAUGGCAUGGGCUUGGAUCCUGUGGUUACUCAGUCAGACAUGGAUUAGUUUGCACAUCUGGACUCCGAAAUGUGAACGUCUGGCCACCACCGAGAAGUUGUUUGUGAAACCCAUGUAUUGUUCUCUGCUCAUUGAUCAGUCGAUGGCAUUGAAUCGGCGAAGAGAUGAUCAAGCGGAUGUUAAGACGGAGGACCUUUCCGAAAUCGACAAAGAAAAAGGUGAUGAGUACUACGAAACCAUUUCAGUCCACACUGACGGUUCGGCAAUCCAAACAAAGUCCACUGUCAAAUCUUCCGAUCACAUCACCCGUAUCUAUGCCUGCGCUACAAUGUGGCACGAAACGAAAGAUGAGAUGAUGGAGUUCUUGAAGAGCGUUAUGCGUCUGGAUGAAGAUCAGUGUGCCCGUCGUGUGGCUCAGAAAUAUCUGAGAAUUGUCGACCCUGAUUAUUAUGAAUUUGAAACCCACACUUUCUUCGAUGACGCCUUUGAAAUCUCUGAUCACAGUGACGAUGAUAUACAGGUCAAUCGUUUUGUAAAACUGCUUGUUGCCACUAUGGAUGACGCUGCCUCCGAAAUCCAUCAGACCCAGAUUCGUCUUCGUCCACCCAAAAAGUAUCCCACCCCGUAUGGUGGCCGUUUAGUUUGGACUCUGCCCGGCAAGACUAAAUUCAUUGCCCACUUGAAGGACAAAGAUCGUAUUCGUCAUCGUAAGCGUUGGUCUCAGGUCAUGUACAUGUACUACUUGCUCGGUCACCGACUCAUGGAGUUGCCAAUUUCUGCCGAUCGUAAAGACACAAUUGCCCUCAAUACCUAUCUGCUGACUCUGGACGGUGACAUUGAUUUCAAGCCAAAUGCCGUGACACUGCUGGUCGAUUUAAUGAAGAAGAACAAGAAUCUGGGUGCUGCCUGUGGUCGUAUUCACCCGGUCGGCUCCGGUCCCAUGGUGUGGUAUCAACUGUUCGAAUACGCUAUUGGUCAUUGGCUGCAAAAGGCCACCGAACACAUGAUCGGCUGUGUACUUUGUAGUCCGGGAUGUUUCUCACUUUUCCGUGGCAAGGCUCUGAUGGACGACAAUGUCAUGAAGAAAUACACCACCCAAUCCGAUGAGGCUCGCCAUUACGUCCAAUACGAUCAGGGUGAAGAUCGUUGGUUGUGUACCCUGUUGCUGCAGAGAGGUUAUCGUGUCGAAUACUCAGCUGCCUCCGAUGCCUACACCCAUUGCCCCGAAGGUUUCAAUGAGUUCUACAAUCAACGUCGUCGUUGGGUACCCUCCACCAUUGCCAAUAUCAUGGAUCUGCUGGGCGAUGCCAAGCGUACGAUCAAGAUCAACGACAACAUUUCGCUGCUGUAUAUCUUCUACCAAAUGAUGUUGAUGGGUGGUACUAUUUUGGGCCCCGGUACGAUUUUCCUUAUGUUGGUAGGUGCUUUUGUCGCCGCCUUCCGUAUUGACAAUUGGACCUCCUUCCAUUACAACAUUGUACCGAUCCUGGGAUUCAUGUUUGUCUGUUUCACCUGCAAGGCCAAUAUCCAGCUGUUCGUGGCACAAGUGCUGUCGACGGCGUAUGCCCUGAUUAUGAUGGCUGUCAUUGUUGGUACGGCACUGCAGUUGGGCGAGGACGGUAUCGGUUCACCAUCGGCCAUUUUCUUGAUUGCAAUGACGGGGUCGUUCUUCAUAGCGGCGUGUCUCCAUCCGCAGGAGUUUUGGUGUAUAUCGUGUGGUCUCAUUUAUCUGCUCUCCAUUCCCUCUAUGUACUUGCUCUUGAUUUUGUAUUCCAUCAUCAAUUUGAAUGUCGUCUCCUGGGGUACUCGUGAAGUCGUGGCCAAGAAGACGAAAAAAGAAUUGGAAGCCGAAAAGAAGGCAGCCGAAGAAGCUGCCAAAAAGGCGAAGCAAAAGAGUAUGUUGGGUUUCCUGCAAGGCGGCAUGGGCAAUAAUGGCGACGAGGAAGGUUCUGUGGAAUUCUCACUGGCCGGCCUGUUCCGUUGUAUGUUCUGUACCCAUGGCAAAACAUCAGAUGAAAAGCAGCAACUAACUGCCAUUGCCGAUUCAUUGGAUACCAUUAAGAAUCGCAUCGAUAGCAUUGAACAAACCAUUAAUCCCCAUGACAAUUCCUCCAAUCGUCAUCAUCGUCGACGCACCACAUCUGGCAGUUCGAAGGACCAUCAUCUGUUGUCAUCCGUGGCAGAGAAAUCUGGCGAUGAAUCGGAAAACAGUGAUUCUGAUUCUUCCGGCGAACCUAAACAGGAAAGAGAUUUCCUUACCAACCCCUACUGGAUUGAAGAUCCCGAUUUACGUAAGGGUGAAGUGGAUUAUUUGUCAAGUGCUGAAAUUCAAUUCUGGAAAGAUUUAAUUGAUAAAUAUCUCUUCCCCAUCGAUAAUGAUCCCGUGGAACAGGCUCGUAUCGCUGCAGAUCUGAUUGAAUUGAGGAAUAAGUCGGUGUUCGCAUUCUUCAUGGCCAAUGCCUUGUUUGUGUUGAUCGUUUUCUUGUUGCAAUUGAACAAGGACAAGCUUCACAUUGUGUGGCCAUUGGGCGUCAAGACGAACAUAACGUACAUUGAAGAGACAUCUGAGGUCCACAUAUCUAAGGAAUAUCUACAAUUGGAACCGAUUGGUUUAGUCUUCGUGUUCUUCUUUGCCUUGAUUUUGGUCAUUCAAUUUACAGCCAUGUUGUUCCAUCGAUUCGGUACUUUGGCUCAUAUUUUAUCCUCUACCGAAUUGAAUUUCUUCAAGAAGAAACCCGAAGAACUGUCACAAGAUGCACUGAUAGAUAAGCAUGCUGUGGAAAUUGUUAAAAAUCUACAACGGCUGCAAGGCAUCGAUGAAGAUUACGAUAAUGAUUCUGGUAGCGGUCCCGAUCGUAUUGCCCGACGAAAAACUAUACAGAAUCUGGAGAAGGCAAGACAGCCCAGACGACAGAUUGGUACCCUGGAUGUGGCAUUUAAGAAGCGUUUUAUGAAAUUGACGGCCGAUGCAGAAAAUAAUCCUUCAACUCCUAUAUUAACGCGACGACUGACUAUGCGUGCCGAAACCAUCAGGGCAUUGGAAGUUCGCAAAAAUUCUGUUAUGGCUGAGAGAAGAAAGUCCGCCAUGCAAACGUUGGGAGCCAAAAAUGAAUAUGGCAUUACCACAGCUGCAACGCUUAAUAAUAAUGGUGGCGUUCCAACACGAAGUGGGCGAGUUUCUAAUGCAGGCAUUAGUAUUAAGGAUGUCUUUAAUGUAAAUGGUGGACCAGGAGAGCAAAUCUAUGGUUCCAACGGUGGUGGCACCAUAAACCAGGGAUACGAACAUGUAACCGAAGAAGACGAAGUCAAUUCACUGAGAUUAACGACCAGAAAUCCACCACAAGUUACAUGGGGUACUAACAGCAAUAAUACGGGACGUCUGUAAAUGCAUUUUUUGUUUGUAUUUGAUGGCGUAACUAUUUUGUGUCUAUUAUAUAAUUUAUAUUAAUUAAUUAGAUGUUUUUUUUACAAAUUGCCUACGU